GCCGCCGCCGCGUGUCUCCCGCCCUCCCCGGCGCCCGCUCCUUCCCGCCGCGCGGCUCUGGGCUGGGGGUGCCCGGCGCCCCCGCCCUGCAUUGUCCCCGGGGCAGCGCCCCCUGCCGGCCACCGUGCUGCGCUUUUGGGGGGCCCGCGGCGCCCUGGCAAAGGCCGUUGAGCCCAGCCCUGAGUUCCCCGACGCUUCCAUGACCGCGCGCGAGGGACUCUAGCCCAUGGGAUGGUGCUGCCCAGAGAGGUGUUUCCUAGGAGAUUCUGAAUCCAAUCAAGUUGAUAAGGAGGAUUCGAGCUUCCUCCAUGUGCUCUUGCUACUGUGGACUGACCUGCUCUGCCCCGCCUUCCCUCCCAUGAUGCACUCUGGAACUGACCCAGGUUCAAUUUCCAGCACCCACAUGGUAGCUCAAGGCCAUCUGUCGCUCCAGCUCCAGGGUAUCUGACACCAUCUUCUGCUUUCCAUGGCCACCAGGCAUGUACAGAGUUCAGGGAUUCUCUUUCCCUUUCUUCUGGCAAGAUGGAGGUGAUAACUAGGGUCUGUGGGAGAGCCGCAGUUGGAGCCUGGACCCUUGAGUCACCGUCUGGGACAGCUACCAUCCACUAGAAAUAGAGGUUACACCAUCAAGUUGGCCAACUUGAUUGAGCCACAGGAGAUCCCGAUAUCGGUUCUGGCUCUUCCUGUGCUACAGUUGGGUGUGCAGUGUUUCCUGCCAGACUCACGUGCUCAAGGCUUGGUUGCAGCCUGUGGCGCCAUUGAGAAGUGGAAGAACCCUUCAGAGUGGCCGUGAGCUGAACACACUCCUAGUCUGCUAAGGGCUCACCUCAUGAUGCUGCUCCAGGCUUGACGCAACAAGACCAAAUGAGCGUGGACACUUUGAAACUGUGCACGGGGACGGAUCGUUCCUGCUUGUAAGAUAUUUAUUCCCGCGUGGAAGGGUAGCGCUGGGGCUACCACUCCUUCUGAACCAUGGUGCCGUGGCUGUGGAAGGGGCUGGUAGGCAUUGGCCUCUUGGCUCUCGCCCACGCUGCCUUUUCGGCUGCACAGCAUCAUUCUCAUAUGCGACUAACGGAAAAGGAAUACGACUCGCUGCCUGCAGAUAUAGUUCUCCAGACACUUCUGGCCUUUGCGGUUACCUGUUACGGCGUAGUUCAUACGGCAGGGGAGUUUAAAGACAGGGAUGCCACUUCAGAACUAAAGAAUAAGACGCUGGACGCCUUCAGGAAUCGCCCGUCCUUUUAUGUGUUUCAUUAUUCCGGUCGUGGACUGUUCCGGCCUUCAGAUACAUGUUCUUCGAACGUCAGCGCAUUGUCUUCUGACAAUCGUUUGAAGUUUUGAAAGUUCAAAUCACUGCGCUGCUUAGCCUUUUACCAUUUAAGUAAUAGGACAGGAGCAGAAUUAAGUGCUGGGAUUUGGAAUGUAAAACCACCUCCUACACGUCAGUAUUUUUAUUGAUAUUUUUCAAACUUAAUUUAAAAAAAAAAAAAAACUAUAACCAAAGAACAAACAAACAAAAAAAAGCAAAAGGUAUUUAUCUCGGGUAUCCCGUCACGGCUGUAGGAAGCUGACUAACUGGGGAGGUAUUUUCGGAUGAGGUAAACAUUUGAAUCUCGGCCCAAAGAAAGCAGAGUGCCCUCGAUAAGGCAAGUGGACCUAACUCAGUCAAGGGGCUGAGUGGAACAGAGGCUUAGUAAGGAAGACACACUCCUGCAUGCUUGAGCUGGGACAGCAACCUAUCUCUGGCUCUGUCCCCUAAACCAAACAUCAGCCCUUCUUGCGUGUUGAGCCUGCUGGCUCUCAGACUUGUGUGUAGGCUCCCCUGGGCUCUGCCUGCGGACCACAGUUUUGAGGGACUUGCAGGUUUUCCCAGUGCACAGUCCAGUUCUUCAUUGCAACUCUCACCACGGGCUCCUCCAGGCUCUCUGACUGGGAGCUCAAAGAUGGCGAUGAUUUUCCACGCCGUGUCAGAGAAAGAGGCCAGUGUUCCCAGAAUGAUGGAGAUAAGUGGUGGAGAGAGCCUCACCCCUGCCAGUCCGGCUGAAGAGGUGGAGAGAGCCUCACCCCUGCCAGUCCGGCUGAAGUGGUGGAGAGAGCCUCACCCCUGCCAGUCCAGCUGAAGAGGUGGAGAGAGCCUCACCCCUGCCAGUCCGGCUGAAGAGGUGGAGAGAGCCUCACCCCUGCCAGUCCAGCUGAAGAGGUGGAGAGAGCCUCACCCCUGCGGCCAGUUCCAUGUGCCACUUGCUAUGGUCUGGUUAUCCACCCACUUCUCUUUUGUGCUUGUGGUUCCUUCAGUAUGAGAUUCUGCCGUUUGCAAGUAUGUUAGUGUUUGUCAGAGGACAAGAAUCAACAAGGGGCGUGUGUGUAUAAAACUGUCCCUUGGUGUCUACAGAGGACUGAUUCUACAGCUGUCUACAGGAACCCAAAUCCUCCGAUGCUCCAGUAGUUUUUAGAAAAUGACGUAGUGUUUGCAUCUAACCUAUGCCUACCCUCUCAUCUACUUUUAGUCGUCUCUAGAUUACACAUAAUACCUAAUACCAUGUAAAUGCUGUAAAGAGUUGUCACACUGGACUGUUUAGGGAACAAUGAUAAGAAAAUGUCUGCAUAUGUUCAGUGCAGAUGGAAUUCUCCACCCUCUCCCACAACCCCGCUAAAAAAAUUUUUUUUUUUGGUUAGUA